AGUCACGAGCGUUUAUUAUUAUGCCUCUCCCUCCCUCCCCAUUAUUUCCUGACUCUCUCUUAUCUCUUUCUCUUUUCUCUCCAACGAAGCCCUUUCUUUCUCUCUCUCUCUCUCUCUCUCUCUCUCUGGAACAAACAACUCAGAGAGGAGUGAAAAACCAAGCGCAGAUCGCCCAAUCCCCAAUGCCCUGAUUCUACGCUCACUCCACUUCACGCCACCCUCUCCUUCCCCCCAGAAAAGAAAAGUUUUCCUGCCCAAUAUGAAGCGCGACCACCACCACCACCGUCCUCCACCACCUCCGGCCACUGGGAAGGCUAAGAUGUGGGAGGAAGCCGGCCAGGACGCCGGCGAUGACGAGCUGCUGGCAGUGUUGGGCUACAAGGUCAAGGCCUCCGACAUGGCCCAAGUCGCUCAGAAGCUCGAACAGCUCGAGCAAGCCAUGGGCUACGCUCAGGAAGACGGCUUCUCUCACCUCUCCACCGAGACCGUUCACUACAACCCCUCCGAUCUCCAUUCCUGGCUCGAAUCCAUGAUCUCCGAGCUCCACGCGCCCGACCCGCCGGUUAUCUUCGAAGACUCUGCUUCGGACUACGAUCUUAAAGCUAUCCCGGGGAAAGCCGUGUACCCCCAGAUUGAUCCCCCAUCUCCGCCGCCAUCCAAGCGUCUCAAGCCCUCCGCGUCCGCUGCAUCGUCGUCAUCCUCAUCGGCGAUUUGUGAGUCAAUGGAGCCGGCGCGGUCGGUGGUUCUCGUCGACUCCCAAGAGAACGGCAUCAAAUUAGUCCACACGCUCAUGGCCUGCGCAGAGGCUGUUCAGCAAGACAAUCUCAAGCUCGCCGAAGCUCUGGUCAAGCAAAUCGGCUUCCUCGCGGUUUCCCAAACCGGCGCGAUUCGGAAGGUCGCCACCUACUUCGCCCAGGGUCUUGCGCGGCGAAUCUACGGGCUAUAUCCCGACAACGCUCUGGAUUCUGCCCUCUCCGAUCUCCUCCAAAUGCAUUUCUACGAUUCGUGCCCGUAUCUCAAAUUCGCUCACUUCACGGCCAACCAAGCGAUUCUGGAAGCUUUCACGAACAAGAAACGAGUUCAUAUCAUCGAUUUUAGUAUGAAGCUGGGGACUCAAUGGCCGGCUUUGAUGCAAGCCUUGGCGCUCCGGCCGGGCGGCGCGCCGGCUUUCCGGUUAACCGGAAUUGGACCGCCGUCGCACGAUAACACCGACCGGUUACAGGAAGUCGGCUGGAGGCUUGCUCAAUUGGCCGAAACGAUUCGAGUUGAGUUUGAAUUCAGGGGCUUCGUGGCCAACAGUCUCGCCGAUCUCGACGCUUCGAUUCUGGAUCUUCGAGAAGGCGAGGCCGUGGCGGUGAAUUCGGUGUUCGAAUUUCAUCAGUUGUUGGCGCGGCCGGGCGCGAUGGAGAAGGUUUUGUCGGCGGUGAAGGAGAUGAAACCGGAGAUACUCACUGUCGUCGAGCAAGAAGCGAACCACAACGGUCCUGUUUUCUUGGACCGGUUCACCGAGUCGUUGCAUUACUACUCGACGCUAUUCGACUCGUUGGAGGGCGGCACGGCGACGGUGUCGCCGGUGUCCGACCAGGACAAGUUGAUGUCGGAGAUGUACUUGGGGCGGCAGAUCUGGAACGUGGUGGCCUGUGAGGGGCCGGACCGGGUCGAGAGGCACGAGUCGUUGGCCCAGUGGCGAAACCGGUUCAGUUCGGCCGGUCUGGAGCCGGUUCCCCUCGGCUCCAACGCCUUCAAGCAAGCGAGCAUUCUAUUGGCUCUGUUCAACGGCGUCGACGGGUACAGAGUGGAAGAGAAUGGCGGCUGCCUGACGCUGGGUUGGCACAGUCGCCCACUCAUCGCCACCUCGGCUUGGAAACUCAGCUGAUUCCGAGUUAACUCAGCCCGGGCCCCAUACCUAGUUGGCCCGACUGUGCCAGCCCAUAAACCUCGUGUGUGGCCCACCAUUCCCCAAGUGUCUCCCCCGUUUUAGCUCCUUUUUUUUUUUUUUUUUUUGGUUUCAAAUUGUUUUUGAGUUUCUUCCUUCUCUCGGGUGGAAUCUUGUAAUUUUCAUGGGUGAAUCAAAUCUUGUCAAUGUGUAGCCAUAUAUAGCCGCUUCUCAAUAAUAAAAAAAAAAAAAACAAUACACUACUAGUUUGUGGUUGUA